GGAUCUUGGUUCUAAUUGUUGUCUAUUAAAAGCUUCCUUAGUAGGCGUCGCUCAAGAUACUCUGAAGGAAAUUGACAGCGAAAAUGCAACGUUUAAGCUGUUGAUAAAUAAUUAUGCCGGGAAGAAUUAUAGUUUUAUUAUUAAAAUCUUAUUUCCAUGUCAUAAUAGUCAAUUUAAGUAUCUUAUAAAUUCUGUUUGUCCGAAUGAAUCGAAAAUUUCUAGUACAGGUGAUUCUCAGUCCACAUCUGAAAUGUAUAGGUCUGUUCGUUCCAGGCUUUUAAGUGCUCAUCAGAAUGUUGUUGAAAAGUCGCACCAUGUGAUUUCAGCAGAGGUGAAUAAAUAUUCAGUAGAUUCAGGUGCUGUCAGUUCUUGUUCAAGACACACAAGAGUUGAAGAUGCCAAAAAUGAAGAUGUUUAUAUCAAAGAUAUUAAUUUUGAUUAUGGGGAAUUUGCAGAUAAUAUUGAUGAACGUGAAAGUAGAAAUACGAAAAAUAGUAGAAGAAAUACGCUUAGUUGUGGUAAGGGAAAUAAGGGUAAAGAGAAAGUUAUUCAACCCAUAGUACAUAAUACGAGAAGUCGAGUAAAGUCGUGA